AUUUUGCGUGUGCAAGCUUCUCACAACGCACGCUAGAGGCCGCAAACGUAAUUUUUGAUUUUUACAAAGCAGCUGUUUUGUUAGUUUUUUUUGUUUUUGUUUUUUUGCUCAGCAUUAUCUCUGUGUUUAAAAUGAUAUAUUUCGUUUUAUUAGCCUCGUUGGCCUCGUUCUGCUCAGCGUUGCACCAACUGGAUGCCUAUUACCCGAGCAGCUGCAAGCAUGUCGGUAAUGCGAGCGGUCCAGGUGAACAAAUUCGGCGGUCCUCAAGUGCUCCAAGAAUGCAAUGUGCCGAUUCCGAAAGUGACUCCAGGGAAGGUGCUCGUCCGCGUGAAGGCGGCCGGCGUGAACCCGAUCGACACCUACAUCCGGGAAGGCACCUUUCCUGUGAGCUUCCAGCUGCCCUACACUCCGGGCAAGGACGGGGCCGGCCUGGUCGAGGAAGUGGGCCCGGGAGACACCCCCCUGAAGAAAGGGGACCGGGUGUUCUUCUGCAACAACGACGCAAGCAACGUGCACGGCUCAUAUGCCCAGUACAGCCUUCUUAAAGCCACCGACGUCUGGCUGCUGCCAGAGAAGAUCAGCUUCCAGCAGGGGGCGUGCCUAGGCGUCCCCUACCUCACCGCCUACAGGGCCGUCGUGCUCAAAGGCAAGGUGACCGCCGACAAGUUUGUGUUGGUGCACGGCGCCAGCGGAGCGGUGGGCACUGCUGCGGUGCAGAUUGCCAAGCACUUCAAGGCCAAGGUGGCAGGUACGGCCGGCACCCCCGCCGGCAUGGACGUGGUGAAGCAGGCGGGAGCGGAUCUUGUCGUCUGCCACAGGGAUAAGGACUACCUCAAGUCCGUCAUGAAGUGGACCAAUGACCGUGGCGUGGACAUCAUCCUGGAGAUGCUGGCCAACGUCAACUUGCCCGAAGAUUUCAACACUAUUGGACAAAAUGGCCUCAUCCUGGUGAUCGGAAGCCGGGGCGAAGUGAAGGUGAAUCCCCGCUGCCUGAUGGGGAAGGAGUCUGCGGUCAUGGGGAUCGCAGUCACGACGGCAACGCCGGGAGAAUGGCAAGCCAUGGCGGAGAACGUUGCGCGGGGCGCAGAGGAAGGCUGGAUCGAGCCGUUCAUGGACCGCGUUUAUCCGCUGGGAGGGGCCAAGGCCGCCCACCACGACCUCAUCAAUUCCAAGGGGGCCAAAGGGAACAUCACACUCGACCCAGACCAGUGAACACCGCCCCACAUUGCAGGCAUAAAUUUCUUGCUUGCCACGUUUGGCAAAUAAACUUACGAGCUCGGAUGCCGGUGUCUGCGAGCCUCUCGCGUUCUU